CGCAGCGCACCGCGGUGGAUGCCGGGAGCGCGGUGCGCAAUGGCGACGCCCAGCCUACGGGGACGCCUAGUGCGGCUGGCGAACCCGCGGAAGCCUACACUGAAGCCCAACAAACCUCUCAUCCUAGCUAAUAAAGUUGGAGAACGGCGCCGGGAGAAGGGCGAGGCGACAUGUAUCACAGAGAUGUCGGUGAUGAUGGCUUGCUGGAAGCAGAAUGAAUUCCGCGACAGUGCGUGCAAAAAAGAGAUCCAGGACUUUUUCGAUUGCUCUUCGAGGGCUCAGGUGACGGCUACUGGGGUGCAUUCGCAGGAAUAGAAAGGGGGAUACAAUUUAUGGUUCCUUCAGCCUUCAAGGUGACAGGAAAGGUCCCUGUUCGUUUGAGGACCACUUCACAAAAGCACAGGGGUGUGUUUUUUUU